CCCAGCAUGUCCGGCUUCCAUCCGUAUAAACCCAGGCAACUGGAGUCACAGCUGCAGAAAACGCUAAAGCGAUUGUCUUCCUGCCCUUCUGUAUUUGGAGACCUAGCCAAGGCCGUCCUUGACUCUCCUGCCUCACCCACUCGAGUGCUACAGUCACUGGAAUAUGCGACUAAAGAAGCACAACACCUACACUUCUUAUUGGGCUUUGAAAUUGUAGCCCCAACGCCCACAGCCUGGGGGUGGGCGGAGCCUUGUCCUCGGGAAAACUCGGCGGUGGGAGGGGUCUCCUCUCGAAGAGCUUCCGGAACCUUUCGGGCAGAGGCGGAGUCUUCUGCCGAGGGCCCUUCGGAAAGAGGCGGAGCUUAUCUCGCAUCAGGACCAGUCCGACUGCACCUGCAUCCUUAGCUCAGAGCAUCCCAGGAGCAUCUAAGAGGAAAGCGCAGCUAGCAACCAGGGAUCCGACUGUCGCAGGGGCAGUCUGCCAGGCACCUUCCCCUCCCCUGAUCCGGAGGUCUACAGCCGCGGCCUCGGUACUCACCGAGAUUCCCAAAGUUGUCUGACCUCUGCAAAAGUGUUGCUACCAACAGCCUCUGAUUACAACAUGGCUGAGAUCACAAAUAUACGCCCCAGCUUUGAUGUGUCACCAGUGGCGGCUGGCCUCAUCGGGGCCUCUGUGCUGGUGGUGUGUGUUUCUGUGACUGUCUUUGUGUGGACAUGCUGCCACCAGCAGGCAGAGAAGAAGCACAAGACCCCGCCAUACAAGUUUAUUCACAUGCUGAAAGGCAUUAGCAUCUACCCAGAGACCCUCAGCAACAAGAAGAAAAUCAUCAAAGUCCGGAGAGACAAAGAUGGUCUCCGGAGGGAGAGUGCACGAGGGAACCUGUUAGUAAAUGCGGCAGAGUCUGGCCUGCUGAGCCAAGAAAAGGACCCCAGAGGGCCUAGCUCUGCAUCUUGUAUAGACCAGUUACCCAUCAAAAGAGACUAUGGGGAAGAACUGAGGAGUCCCAUGACAAGCCUGACCCCUGGUGAGAGCAAAGCCACCUCCCCAUCAUCACCAGAGGAAGAGGUGAUGCUCGGAUCCCUUACCUUCUCGGUGGACUAUAACUUUCCCAAAAAAGCUCUGGUGGUGACAAUCCAAGAGGCCCACGGGCUGCCAGUGAUGGAUGACCAAACCCAGGGCUCUGACCCCUACAUCAAGAUGACGAUCCUUCCAGACAAGAGGCACCGAGUGAAGACCCGAGUGCUUCGCAAGACCCUGGACCCUGUAUUUGAUGAGACCUUCACCUUCUACGGAAUUCCAUACAGCCAGCUGCAGGACCUGGUGCUACAUUUCCUCGUGCUCAGCUUUGAUCGCUUCUCUCGGGAUGAUGUCAUCGGGGAGGUCAUGGUGCCACUGGCUGGAGUGGACCCCAGCACAGGCAAGGUUCAGCUGACCAGGGACAUCAUCAAAAGGAACAUCCAGAAGUGCAUUAGCCGCGGGGAGCUCCAGGUAUCUCUGUCAUACCAGCCUGUGGCACAGAGAAUGACAGUGGUGGUCCUCAAAGCCAGACACUUGCCGAAGAUGGAUAUCACCGGUCUCUCAGAUCCUUAUGUCAAGGUGAACGUCUACUACGGCAGGAAACGCAUCGCCAAGAAGAAAACCCACGUAAAGAAGUGUACUUUGAACCCAGUCUUCAAUGAGUCCUUCAUCUAUGACAUCCCCACCGACCUCCUGCCUGAUAUUAGCAUUGAGUUUCUUGUCAUUGACUUCGAUCGCACUACAAAGAAUGAGGUGGUGGGCAGGCUGAUCCUGGGGGCACACAGUGUCACCACCAGUGGUGCGGAACACUGGAGAGAGGUCUGCGAGAGUCCCCGCAAGCCCAUAGCCAAAUGGCACAGUCUGAGCGAGUACUAAUUCUUUCUCGCCUCCAACCCUGGGGCCAGGCUGGGGAGGCACAUGGCGGGGAGAGAUGACAGAGAAGCUGACUCAAAACCUCAUUUUAGUUGUAGAAGAAAAUUUCUUACAAAACAAACCACACAAAGAACAUCAUAUUCCACACAGCUGCAGAUCGGUUCUUAGCAGGAGGAUUGUUUUCUUCUUUGCAAGGCACUAGACGAUCUUUUCUUUUUAAAAUGAGGGUGGGGGGAGAGAAGGAAAGACCCCACAGUCUAUAUAUAACAAUGUAACCUUAUACUUGCAUGUCUAAUACAAACAAGAAAUUAGCCUAACCGAUAUCAAGUUGCAGAUUUUAAUCCAUGAAAAUUGUGUUUUGUGCUGAACUGUAUUUGCUGAUCCCCCUAAAAUUGGCCUCUUUUUAUCGGGCUUCUCUGGGUUACCCCAUCAUUGCAGAAGAAAAGUCUACUCUUGUAAAAUCCCAUGUUCCCAUCAUUCCAUCCUUUUUUCUAUCACCUCUCAGGGCUCUGCUCUUUGGCUGUGUUCCAAGUCCAGAGGUCUCUAGUGAGCAAAGAAACAAGUGGGGUUUGCAGGAGAAACAGUGAUUGAGAAUGGGAUGUCUGCUGUUAGCCCCCUGCCAUAAAGGGGCAGGCAACAGGCAGUCAGUAACUAGUGACAGCUCUGAUGAGCAUGGCAGGCUUGGGAGGUGGAACCGGACUUAGGACUCACUGACUUCUCUGGAAGCUUUGGAGCCUUCAGCCUCAGCCAGAGGGAAGUACCGUUGAACACCAGCUGAUCCCAAACGCUACUUGCAGGUCAGGGGACAAGGGAAGGAGAUAAAUAUCCACGCAGAAGCUCUGGCAUCUCCUCCUGAUGUAGAUGCUUUCUGUUUCAUAGGGAAACAGGCCUCAGAAAUGACUCUUUCUCCCCAAGGUUUACAGUAGUGGCUCUUAAGAAAGCUGAGUGGGGCUGAGUAGUGAGAUAACAGGGAUGGAUGCCUUCAGAGCCCCACUCUCCUCAGCAGCAAGUGGAAGGCUGGAGAAGUGAGAGUCUUGCAGGGUGUGAAGGUUGGGAAACCAGACUUCCAUCAUCUUUCUGCCCCGGGGAAGGGCAGUGCAGAUCCAGGGCUCUGCAUGGAGACUUCAGGAAUGAGAGGUGACCUUCCAGGGGCAGUGCCUAUUUUUGACAGCCUGAAGAGGGCCUCGGUAGAAUAAGAAGCAGCUUGACCCAGGGCCUGAAAGAUUAUCUGUGAUGAAGUGCCCAAUUCCCUACAGGACCAUCACUUCCUAGCUUGCUUCUGAGAAGGAGUGGACAAGCUGGGUUUCCAUGGAGAGGGUGGUGACACUGCCUUUGGUGUUCCCUUAGUGCUUAAGAAUCAAAUCCACUCUGCCCACCCCCACCCAUCCUUCCAUUUUUUUUGUUUGUUUUGUUCUGUUGUUUUUUUGUCUUGGUUUUUAUUUUUUCCCCCCUGUGGGAUUCUUGGCAAUGCAGAGUGGUCCUGUAUAGGCAGGGAAACCCACUCUGUUCUUGCCCUUGUCAACCUUUAUAUCCCAUGAUCUGAUUUACUCUCUCGCCAUCAGCUGGGAUCACACCACUAGUCUCUGUCCUUUAACCCAUGGAAUGUAAAUAUUGUAUCAUACGUAGAAGAAAAUACUUUUUGUUUUCUAAAAAGGCAUUUUGACAUAGUUUAAUGAAAACCUGGCAGGAGCAUUCCAAGCCCCGGUGGGGAAAAAAAUCUAAAUGGUUCCUCUUCGUCGCCUUAAUGUGUAAAGAUCAGAAGUCACUCAGCAGCUCUGUCUCCUUCCGGGGAAGCAAUGCUGAGUGACAGGUGGAGUCUGGUCUCUGUCCUGCUGUGUGUGCCUCUGCAGCUCCUCCUGAGAAGUGGGGGAAACAGCCUCUCCCGCUGCUCCCAUCCCCACCUCCCUGCAGCUCAACCCCUUGCAUCCCCUGGAUCUACUGAGCAGUGGGGGAUGGGGAGAGCCAGUACUUCCACAGGCUCAGGGCUGCCUCGGUGUUUUUGCCAGAAAAAAAGACAGUGCAGGGUUCCUCCUCCUACCUCAGGCCUGAUCCAGCAUGUCCUAAAGCUUCUUAGCUGACUUUGGCUUUCACAUCUGCUCUUUGUAGAGCUCGCUGGUGUGGGUGGAGGCAGAAUGCCUCUUCCUGUCAGUUGGAAGACAAGAGAGUCACAUCCUAGCUUUUGCACAAGGCACUUGUGGUUAGGAAUAGGUUAGGGAAAGGUCACUCCCGAUCUCCCAGCAGCCAGUCCUAUGUAGAUUUCUUGACUCUUUGGGGACUAGGAGAGCUAUUCACAGUAUCAAAGGUUCCAUUAUGAGUUCUUCCUUCUUUGCAGUCUUAGCAGAGCACAGCUGCAAUGUAGCGUUUAUGGACAGUGCUGUGCUAUGGAGCAGAGAACUGCUGUGUGGGACCAGGGUGACCUAUGUAGGAGAGGGAUAUGGAAGACUUUCAAUAUUGGUCAUGACAGUGACAUUGCCCUCACCACGAUCCCUCUCCACAAACAGGUCGUCUUUCUUUACCUUGUGUCUUCUCUUGUAAAAAUAAAGCUCAAAAAUAACAGUGUCAAAUUAAAAAGAAAAAAAAAAAGGAAAAAGCUAACAUGAACUGUGUGAAAUUGCAUACUGCUGUGACAUACUGCUGUGACGCUAACCUGCAAUGUGUCAUGCUCUCUUGUAUGUUGAACUUGUUAAUGCGCCACACGCGUGCAGAAUAAAGACUGACUCGUUAAAUAGGCA